CUAAUUUUGUAAGACAUGUUGCCAGUUGAUACAAGUUCUCUCUACGUCUUGACAUUGAACCGAACGUUGACAAUGACUACUUUGAAAAUCUUUGCUGUUCUUUUAAUAGCUGUGAUAACUUUAUUUGAAACUAGUGUAGCUCAAUUUGGAAUUCCACCAAUCGGUGCGGGCAUGGGUGGUUACGGCCCUGUUGGUGGUUACGGUGCUCAAGGAGGAUACGGAAUGGGUCGAGGCAACUACGGAGGUCGCGGGGAAUAUGGUAUACCAGGAAGAGGAUACGGUCAAGGAGGUUACGGAUACUUAUAGUAGAUGCCGUGCACAGAUAUCUACUUGUAGUUAUAUUAAUAUACUUACAUACAGUGUACACCUAGUGUGAUUCUAUUUAUUCCUAAUAAAAAUCCAACAAUUGUU